GGCGCGGCUCCUCAAGGUGUUGGCGGCGCGGCCGAAGAUGGCGACAGACUGAGGGCAUGGGGCCCGGCGGCGGCGGGCGCGGCGGGGCCCGCGAGCUGGCGCAGCCGACGGGGAAGCGGAAAGCCGAGUGAGCGGGGGGCCGGGGCAUGCCCCCGAGCGGCGGGCGGCGCGCUGCGGCCGGGGCCGGGGCCGGGGCGGGCAGCGGGAGCGGGGCCGAGCCAGCGCGGCGGCGGCGGCGGCGGCCGGCGGCCUGUAGGCGGGGGCGCGGGCAUGGCGGCGGCGGCGGCGCGGCGCGGCGGCCGCAGGUGACAGCGGCGGCAGCGCGGCGUGCCCCCCCCCCCGCCGCCGCCGCCGCCGCCCCCCCGCGCCGCCCCCGCAGCAUGAUCCGCGGCGCCUGGAUGUACCCCCGCGGGGGCGCCGGCGGCGGGGCGGUGUGCUGCGCGCCGCGCCGCAGCGACAAGCCGGUGGCCGACCCCGAGCGGGCGCAGAAAUGGCGCCUCUCGCUGGCCUCGCUCCUCUUCUUCACCGUCCUCCUCUCCGACCAUCUGUGGCUCUGCGCCGGGGCCAAGCUGCGGGCGCGGGAGCGGAGCGGCGCCGGGCGGCCGAGGGGCCGCGGGCCGCGGGCCCUGCUGGCGGCCGAGCCGGCGGGCGGCAGCUGCGAGGCCCUGCUGGGGAACCUCAGCCGGGCCCCCGGGCCCUGCCCCGCCGCCCGCGGCGACCUGGACUCGGCCUGCGCCCGGCUGCACGCCCUGCAGCGGCCGCGGGGCUCCCCGGCCGGCGCGCCCCUCCGCUCGCCCCCCGCCGCCGCCCCCUUCUUCGCCUCUCCCUCCUCCUCCAAGAGGACCUUCCUGCAGGCUUACUUUAGGAACUUCAACCUCUCCUUUUGUGAUACUUACACGAUCUGGGACCUGCUGCGGGAGAUGGCCGGCCCGGACGGCCUGGACUGCAGCGUGGACAACCUGAUGGUGGACUUGGUGGUGGCGGCGGCCGGGGCGCUGGGCGGGGAGGCCUGUAGCAGCUGCGUCCAGGCGUACCAGCGGCUGGACCAACACGCUCAGGAAAAAUACGAGGAGUUCGACCUCUUGCUGGAGAAGUACUUGCAAUCGGAGGAGUACUCGGUCAGAUCCUGCCUGACGGACUGCAAGGCUGUCUACAAGGCCUGGCUGUGCUCCGAGUAUUUCAAUGUGACCCAACACCAGUGCCGACACCGGAUCCCAUGCAAGCAAUACUGCCUGGAGGUGCAGACCAGGUGCCCGUUUGUGUUACCGGACAAUGACGAGCUGAUCUAUGGAGGUUUGCCUGGCUUCAUCUGUACGGGGCUGCUGGAGAACCAGCUGCCGGAUGAGGAGGCCAAGUGCUGCGAGGUGCAAUGGGACUCCUGUGACCACCCCCCAGACAGCAACGACAACACAUCCCCCAAAUCCACAGCAUCAGAGUCACUCCAUUUCCACCGCCACGACCCCCACCUCCAUCACCAGCGACAGAACCACUACCACCUCUACCACCACCACCACCACCACCACCACCACCAGUACCACCAGCCCCGCUCCCCAUCCUUGCUGCCGGUCUCCGCAGGGUCUCGCCUCGGCAGCAACAGGAUCAGACUGUGCGUGCUGGUCCUGAUGCUUCUCCACACCAUGGUGUCCUUCUCAAGCGUGCACGGCGGCAGCGGGGCGGCUGGCGGAGGGCUCAGCCUGGAGGCCCUGCCCGCCUUGGAGGAGAGCGUGGCACGGGACGAGUGAUGCAGAGGGGAAAACCGAACUCCAAGAAGAACGCCAGAUCUUUUUCCACUAAGGGGGGCACAUGCUAUUCCUCCAAUGGGAGGCACGGGAUUGGGGGUGGCGCACACACACACACCCCCGCACAUACCCCCAAGAGCUGCUCGCCGCGGGGCAUCCCCGUGAUGAAGAGUCUCUAAUGCGCACAGGGCUGCGGGACUCGGCUUUGAGAAGGGUUCGGUCAGUAGCAGCCAGGCAGCGCGGCGUGCCCGGCCUCGCUGAGGUGCCAGCGCAGGAAGGUACGGCACGGGGGUGGGGGGAGCGGAGGGGAGGGAGUCCCUUCAGAAGAGGUGUCCCUGUGGGACUGCCGCGCAUCUCCCGGCCGCCUGCCGCGAGUGCCUUGGGCGCCCACACCUUACCCACCAGCGACAUGCCAAGGGUUUGACAGUCAGACCAGCCCCCAUUUCUUUUCCUCCUUGGUCUGUAAAUGCUGAAGGGCCAGGCAGGCAGGGGGGCAGCACCUCUGGGCACAGCCUGCCCCCCCGACCCUGGCUCCUGUCCCAGGGAAAAACCCAGCAACCCAAUGCAGAGCCACCCUCAUGGGGUGCAGCGUCCUCAGCGUGGCAUUCCCCUCGCUGGUGGGAUUUGGGGGACAGGAGUGGGAUGCUAUCAUGCUACACUGUGGUACUACUUGGGGUUUGUCUCAUGACAUCCCUGACCUGCUCAUCCAGCCUUCCCUCUCCUCCUGCUCUGUGCAGGGAAGUGGAGAGGGAAGGAGGAGGCGUGGAGCAGGAGGGACAUCUCCAGCGUUUCCGCAUUCCACUUUGCCAAGUGUCCUGAUGAUCUGGUUUAACCUUUUUUGCUUUCUUUCCUGACUGGAGUGGCUGGUCUCCAAGAGGCGUUAGGGAGAUGUUACUCCAGCAGUGCCCAGGCUAGGCGAGGGAGGGGGAUCACGCAUGGUAACAGUUGGAUGCAGGCUGUCAGAAGGCAUCUUUCCAUGCUUCCCAGCUACAAAUCAUCGCCUGGAUGGCAGAAGGACUGGGCAAAAGGGCUGGAGAAAUCUGGCUUGUAGGGGGAGUCUCCUACACAAAGAGGAGGUGUUAGUAAAGCCCAGCUGGGGAAGAGAGUUUUUGUGAAUACUUUCUAUCCGUGGAUGCCCCCAGAUCAGAAAAUUUCUAGAAGCCCAGCUGGGACAGCUGGACUUGGCCGGGCAAGAUGCUGGCUGGUGCAGCCUCAUUCGGCUCACUUGUUUUCAUUUGUUGUUGGUUUUUUUAACCUGAGCUCAGCGUAUCUUGGGAUUCAGUCCCAAACAGGGAUCUGCUUUCCUAGGAAAGUUUCCUAGGAAACUCCCAAAUUCUCCACCCACCCACUAGGAACUGUUCCCAGCAUGAAAACUCCAUGGGGCACGGCACUGUGCAUGGGGACCAGGGACCAGACACAAGAAAGUUCAUGCUUGGUGUGGAUGAGGGGAAGGAGGAGAGUGCGUUUUAGCACAAGUCAGCUGCAAAAUGUCCUGGUCACGAUACGGAUGAGAACCUGCUCGUUGCCUGCAGAGGACGUGGGAUGGUCCCUCUGUUUCUAGGCUGCCUCUUGCCGGGGAGCCUACAGCAGAGCCCCGGCUGGAUCGCCGCAGCCCUGCUGGGAGGCAGAAAUGGAGCAGGAGGAAUGCCCUGCUGCAUCUCAAACCAAUCCCAGAUCCCUGCGAGGGUCCAAGAAGUCAGAGCUGAGGACUGUAAGUCUUGUGGUUUGUGGUCUGUUGAGGUGAAGCAAAACCAAGCAGAGCCCCAGGAGCAAAGCUACUUCCUACCUGGCUGGAAGAAGGAAGUAACGGGCAUCUCGUGGGAAGGACAGGUUUCCUGAUGUUUCCAGCCCAUUUCCAGACCAAAGAGGGCUCUGAGAAGCAGCUGAAUGUUUUGAUUUCUGCUUUGACUUGAAUCUCAGAGCUUUGGGGUGAUGUUUACACGUUAUCAGUUGCCUGUUACCAAAGUCCCGCAGAUACAAAGCCCAUGAAGCUGCUGUCCCUUGACUGUCGGGCUAGGAGAGGUGGUGUUAGUGGAAGACACAGAGUGUUUCCCGAGCAGAUUUCCUUGCUGUUGCUACCCAGAAAAGGUAGGACGAUUCUUGUUUGACUAUUCCUCACAGCAUCAAUGUGUUUUCAGUCUAGUUUACACCAGCGUGAGAAUGUGGAGAUGCAACAGUUCAGCAAAUAGGGAUCUGACUCCUCCAUUUUCUCUGCUGCUAAGAAAUGGGUUGUGUAGCUGCUUUGAUAACUAGCAAAAGCAUACAGCCAGACCAAGGGAGGGAGCACAGUCCUGCUCCUGCCUGGAGACAGCCGGAUCCAGUUCGCUGUUAAGGAAAUUAGAUUUUUCAUGUACUGCCAAGAGUUAAGCUAAUUCCAGGCGCCUCUCUCAGAGAUAGGCUACAUCCAGUCUUUGAACGACUCAUCUAGAGAGAGAAGAAUAGCCCAGUGUGGUGCGUCAGCAAGUGGCCCUGAGUCACUGGCCCUAUUCAUUGUCUGCUGGGGUGACACUGAGCAGCGCCCGAGCCUGUGCGCUCGCCGAUGGCGUGGUGGUACGGGCAUGCUCUCCCGCACACGCAUGUGCGUGUGGAUCCAGUGCAAAGACCCUGCUGGAGGGGAUGUCCCUUCUGCCCACCCUGGGGCUGUCCUGCAGCACCGGCGAGCAGAGUGAUGUCCAGCGCGUUAGUGGCAGCCCGAGCUCAGGGAGGUUCUGGUGGCACCGAGCGUGGGGGUUUUGCGACGGGUGAUUUCCACAGGGAGUGAGGUCGAAUAGCCCAAGUUGUCUUCAGGGACUAGGGGAGGCUGGCAGGGUUUUGCUGGAAUAACCUGGGAGCUGUGACAAAUGUGUUUGCCUUCCAUGACGUCAGCUGACGAGCUUCAUCUCAGGAGGCAGAGAGCCCAUGUGACAUCCCAGUGAAUCCGAAAGCUGAGCCAUUUCAGAACUGGGGUCUUUGGCGUGAUUGCUGAGGAGGUGUAGUUGCGUCAGCCUCAUCAGCCGGGGAGUGAGGAGGCUCUGCAGGGCAGUUAUGCUCUAGCUGGAGGAGAUCCACACGUUUUCCAGGCUGUGGCUUCCCAGGAGGUGUUCAUGUGAGGAUAACGUGCCGGGCCAGCAGGGAGGCUGCCGGGUCCGCGGGCAGGGGGAGUGCACAGGGUGCGGAGCCGUGCUGGCAGGCGCAGGGCUGGGGCUUUACCUAGUGUGACUGGAAGGAAAGUGCUGAGUCUUCACAGAGCAAGGCUUUUGGAAGGAGUUCUUUUAUUUAGCAGUCUGGGCUGCUGUCAAUAAGUUUUGUGGUUUUAGGGCACCAUAUGCUGUAUUCAACACUUUGCCAAUCUCGUUAAAUGAAUCCAGACUAGGCUGUUCACAGAGCAGGACAGAGCAGCUGGAAGCAGUGUAUGUCGCAGUCCAUCAUUAUAAGGCCAUCGGAUAAAAAUCUUCUCUUUGGUCUGACAUUACAACCUUCAUAGUCCUUCGUCCAUACUAGUUUUCUCUUUGCUGUACAAGAGAAAAGCCCAGAAAGGAGACAUUAACAUUGCCUCAGUUAAUGCCACUGACAUUAUUUUGAUUACAACACGGAGUGAGCAUGCCUGGGAUAAGGAGAGGAUGGGUUUCUUUGCCCCCUGCAUGCAGGUACGCUUCAACCUGAGCCCCUCCUAUGCCCAGCAGAGCAGGAGCCCUUUGCAGAGCCAUUCUUCUGCAGCCACCUGGGACCCUGGAGAACACCAGGUCUAAAUGGAUUUAUCCUACCAGGAAUUUAAACCAAGGUGUUUUCUCCUUUUCAUGCAAUGAUCUUAUUUCUUUUCCCUAAAGAAGGCACCACACUUUGGGAUUAAUAUGUAAAACUCAGCCUUCCCUUCAGUGGAUAAACUUCUCUCUGCUUGGAGAAAAAUGCCCAUUGGACAGCAGGAAUUCCUCCUUGCCCUCCCUGGCAAGAGGCUUUCUCUGCCCCGGGGAGCAGGGGGAUGAUGCUGUCCCUGUGGGAUCCGGAUUCGGGAGCGGGUGCAGGCAGGGGAGCGGGCAGAGCAGGCAGGGCUGCAGGAGGAAAGGUAGCCAGAUCCUGCCCAGCUGGAGCAUUAGUCCUGGGUUUUGCACUUUAAUGUAACUGCCAGUUGUACAAAUUAAUUAAAAAUAACUGAAGAAAAAUCCCAAAGAAAGGCCCUGCUUCCUCUGGUGAAGAUUAAUCAUUAGUUGAGCCUUUUUCUUAUGAAAAUACAGAUCCAUGGUAGCCCCAGGCAAAAGAUUCCCAGGGAGAGCCCUCACCAUUCGUGCUCUGAGUUAGGGAAAUCGCUUUGAAAGCAUCUGACAACUAAAGCAGAACAUGUUGAGUAACUUGGCAACACUCAGAAAACAUCUUGAAAUGGUUUUUGUUCAACACAUUUUGCUUUGCUUCAAUAGGAGAUGUCAGGGCAGUUCAUUCACUGCCACUCAGGACUGCAGGCAACGCUGGGAGACGGUUCCUCUGCCCACAUUUAAAAAAAGAAGACAGAAAACCCCUGAUAUCUGCUACUCCCGGGGCAGGAUCCUCCUCGGCGAUGCGAUGGAGCUUCCCAUUGCUGAGGUCUGUAGGUGCCUUCUGGCUGGCGAGGUCUCCCCGUGCCACGCUUGCUGGGGAGGUGGGUGACUUACAGCACGGAGUGAGGCUGUAGCGCUGCUGGUGGGACAGGGACCCCCGUCCCGUCCUGCUGGGAGGGACACUGCCUCGUGCUCAGCCUUCGGGCUGAAGGCUCUGCCCUCAAAAAGUCAUGCAGCGGCUUGUGAUAAGCUGUGACAUGAUAACUCACCACCAGCCUGGGAAGGAAUGCCUGUAGAAAUUGGUAAAGACAAAAUCAGGACAGAAAUGUACUGAGAUUCUGCAAAAAACCCUACUAAAAUCUAUGUGAUGUGGCAGACAAUUCCGCUUAUAGGCUUUUUGAGCUGCCCUGUGGCUUCCCAUCCAUGGGGCUGUAAAUCUCUCUUAAAUUAUACUCGGAAGGUUAGGAAGGGCAGUGUCUAAAGUUUAGGCUGGACAUUAACGAUCUACUUUAGCCCAUCAAAGUCAGCUCUUGGGCAUCUCAGCAGGGUGACAGAGGUACCUACAUGACAAAACCCUGUGAUCAUCCCUUCUCCACCCAAAAGGAGCCUGUUCGGAGCUCCUGGAUCAUGGCAGCUCUCGGUGGGACUGCACAGGUCCAAGCAUUAUUUAGUUUUAUUUCAGAAGUGAAGGUUUUCAGCAGCUCUGUUUGGGUAUUCUUGGUCCAUUUGGCUCUUUGGGUGACUGCUGCCAGUUCUGUGUGACACUGCGGGAAGGGGGAUAGAGAAAGCCUGCUCUGCUUGUCUGAGCACCAGCCAGGAGUCAGCACCUGACUCCUGAAAAUCCCGGCAGGUUAGAAUCGUAGCAUCACAGCCUGGUUUGGGCUGGGAGGGAGCUGACAGCCCCCCGAGCCCCAACCCCCUGCCAGGGGCAGGGACACCUCCCACCAGCCCAGGUUGCCCCCGGCCCCGUCCAGCCUGGCCCUGAGCACCCCCAGGGAUGGGGCACCCACAGCUGCUCUGGGCAGCCUCUGCCAGCGCCGCCCUCACGGGGAAGAAUUUCUUCCCAACAUCUGCCCUAAGUCUGCCCUCGGUCAGCUUAGGGCCAUUCCCCCUUGUUCUAUCGCUGCAGGCCCUACUGAAAAGUCUGUCCCCAUCUUUCUUGUCGGCCCCAGUUGACACCACUCCUGCAGCCCCAGGCUCCAGCUCAGCCAGCCAGCACCAAGCAUGGCUGAGCAACGAAGAGCAUCCUCCCAGAAACGGGGCUCCCCCAAACGGGGCUGGCUCUGCCACCCAUGGGCUGGUCCUCGGGAGUCCCAUGCGUGGGGCCGGGCAGGGCGUGCAGCUGCCACCGGGCUGGGCAUGGGCUGGUGGGUGCUGGGCCCGUCAGGGGGAGGGGAAGGGGAGGUUCUGCCUCUGCCCCCGUUGUGCGGAGCUGUGUGAGACCCCGCAAGGGAGCUCACCCACACCACUGCUGCAGGGCGGGCUGCAGAGGGACCUUCGACUCUGCCCUGCUGGGAUGAAGGGAGCAAAGGAAAUCCUGUGGCCGUACACGAUGCAUAAAUAAUUGUCCAACAAAGAUCAUUAAAGAAGAAAUAAAAUUAAUUCCUUUUUGAAGUUGCUGGGGUUCUAUCAAAGUUCUCAGCCCCUGCUCACAGGACAGGGUGUUCACCGGCAGGAGAUGGGCUGUGUUACCACACACCAUUCCUCCGCCUUCCCCUUGGACGCUGCAUAUCUAGUACUUUUGUUCGAAACAAGGUUGGGAGUGGUUUCCAGUCUUGUUAGCAUUUUGUGAUGAUCCCUUUUCUGGCCAGGAAGUCGCCAACUUGGGUUCUUGUAAACUGAAACUCAAAAAAGAAAAAAAAAGAAGAAAAAAAAAAGAAGGGUUUGGCUUGUGAAAUUUGGGUUUGGUUUUACCAUUUUUAAACGUAUUGGGGAAUGGUACGUGCUUGAGUUGCAAAACAAAAAGACAUUUCAAGCCAGACAGUUAUUUUUUCUUAUUCUGAAAUUUGUCAAAACAAGCCAUACUGAUAAUUGUGACCAAUUUUUUUCAAAUUGAGAAAUGUAUCAAGAACAGCCCUUUCCCACAAAACCUUUCAUUUUCAGAAAAUAAAAUGAAAAAAAUCAAUCAUACUUUUUCUGCUCGCACAGUUGGAACUGGUGGCAGUGGAUUCGGAGAGAAUAGCAAUUUGUAAGGAAUUCCAACCAGCUCUACUUAAAAUAGCAUCCAGCAAAUUUCUUGGGGGCAGUAGGCUGAGCGGCUCCAUGGUGAAAGCAAACUGGAGAGCUGCCUUUCUUACCAGGAUGGUUUCAGUCCAGGGUAACACACCUUGAGAGCCGCACGGGCACAUUCCCUGGGGAAUUUGCUGAGGUGCUGCUGCCAGGAGGAAGCAUCUCUUCUUCCCUAGGACCUCAGCUGGUGGUGGGUGCCCCCAGCCAUCCCUCGAACCAAGCUCUGUUUUCCAAACCAAAAUGAAUCCAGCUUCUUCUAGCCUCCAAUACAUCCAGACAUCACAGUUUAAGGGAUGCCUUUGAACCAGAGAUACUCCCAUAUGUUCGUGGGAGUUUAGAUUUGGAAGAAAUCCAGUGCACCGGUCUGGCAGGGAUGCCACAGAGCCAGGAAAGCCAACGCUGCGGUUUAACAAGAGCUGUUUGAAGGGAGAGCACUGGAGAGCCCCAAAGCGAGCGCCCUUGCCUCUUGCCCUGCUCCGUUCGGAGCGUGGGAGAUGCUGCUCCUGGCAGCCGAGGUGAGAUCUCCCAACCCCUCUGCUGCCGGCGAGGGCUGGGCUGGGGGGUCCCGGCACGCCGGCAGGCACGAGGGGCAUGGGGGACCUCAGCAGGGACCAGAGCCCCCCCCCGCCAGGAUGGCUUUGUCUGUGUGUGACCAGGCUGCUUGUGACCGAACCCUUCUCAAGUGCUUGUGAAAUGUCGGUGGUUACAGAGCUCAGACCUACAAAAAAAAGGUCCUUUUACAGUACACGGUGGCGAGGUGAAAAAAAACACAAAACAAAACAAAACCAUACUGCUGAAGUCAAAAUACUCUUUCUAAUCCCCCUGCCCGGUUUCUCUUUCUUUCCAGCUUUCUUCCUCUGCCUCCCGGACCCUCCCUCCCUGUUCCCACCCCCCCUUCUGUUUCUCUUUCUCCCCUCUGUCAUAAGAAAGUGACUGUGUCCUCAAGGGGACAGUUUUCUUAUGCCAUUUUAUACACUGUGCUUCAUGUUUAGAACUUUUUUGCACUAGUUCCUAUUACAUUUAUUUUCCAAAAUGGUUUGACAAAAAACAAACAAAAAAACCCAACAAAAACACAAAACCAUGCUAUAAUUCAGUUGUAUUAAAAAUAUUAUCCUACUACUCUCUGUGUUCAAUAGUCUCUGUACCUGUAAUGCUUUCAGUUCUGUUGUAUUUUGGGGCAGAGGUUUUCUCCGCUCCUUGUUUAACCCAGUAAAGAAAUAAAAUGUUAAGAAUUGAUGAUAA